UUGGGAGUGCAAGCAUGCGAAACAAGUUUUUUGGUGGCUGUGCCUAAUAUAAAUAAUAAACAUCCAGCAGCAGCAGCAGUAGAAGCAGCGGCAGCAGCAAUGCCCACUUGAGCGCGAAAAAACAAAACAAAAAUAGAACAAAAAACAAAGAAGCAAGCAAGAACUCUCGUAUAUAAUAAACGCAAGUAAAGUGUUGGACGAGUUGCGGAAGAGUCAGGCGGGCGCAAAAUAAUCCAGAGCGGCAGAAAAAAGUGAUGAACAGGCAGAGAAAUCAGUCAGUCAGAACUGAGCAAAGCAGCGCAAUAGAACGCCCAAAAAACCCAAACGGGUACAUCAACAAAGGCAGCGAAUUACAGAAUAAAAUAAUUUUUAUUAAGAAAGGAAUUAACUAUACAUAAAAGUGUGGCAAAGUGUUGUGCAAAAGCGCAUUAAUUCAUUGAAUUAGCGCUUUGUGAAUUCUACGAAUUUAGAAGAAAUUACUCAAGUAGUGAAGGUGUGAAUAAUCCUCGAGGAGGUGCACAUACACGCAAACACGUACACACCCUUCAGUUUUGUAGGGGUGCUUUCAUAUGCAAAAGGACAGUGGCCUAUCGAAUGUGACGCGGCAGAAACGCGACGGCGUCAGCGCUUUAACGACUACGACAACAACAGUUCGGCAGUAGUGGAGCAGCUGGACAAUCACAUGCGUGAUUUUGGCGUUAUUUAACCAAAAAUUAUGUUACUAUAAUUUUGUAAAAGCGGUAAUAAGAAGUCAAAUAUUGGAAUGAUCAAAUGUUGAUUUUGCGCUGAUAUUAGCAAGACUAGUGAGGAUGAAAGUAACCAACCAGGCGUUUCUUAUUGGUACAGUGUCUGCUAGAAACUGCUAGAGAAACAAGUGCGAUUGAAGACUGAGUGAAGCGAAUUUUGCCAGACAUACCAGCAACAGCUAAGCUGAGGUUGCGCUGCAAAGGACACGUAGGCACAACGCGAAGUCGGGUAAAAAUACCUACCUACUUUUCACUGCAUCAGGAGACCACUUGCUGUAGAGGUGAAAAAGGACAUAUGUGCGACAAGUUAUACUACAUAAAUGUACUGUGGCUGAGCAGACGACGAAAUUGAUCAGAAUCAGUCGAUAUACAUCUUUAUCAGUGUACAGUUUUGUGUUUUGUGUUUUAGCAGCCAGCGUAUGCAGAAUAACAAACAUACUUUGCCUAAACAGUGGACAAAGUUGUUCAACACAAAGCAUUAAGCACGCAUAAGACAGCAUUAAAUUUUUAAAUUUAUAGAAUUGAAAAAUAAAUUAAAAAACGACAAACACGAUUAAUCAAAAAACAAAAAAUCGCGGCUGCAUUUUAGACUGCAGUAAAGUUUAAGUACCAGUGGAAUCAUAAUGAAAUAAAAAAUAAUAAUAAAAAUCAACUAACGUUUAAGCUAAAGUUAACAGUGUUACCGCAAAUUGUCGCAUUUUAUAAUAAUAAUCGUAUCACGACUGAAGAAAGAAGCAACGCGAAAGCUUCAAAACAUAUUUUACUAGUAGCCACACAAAGAACAAAAACAACACAAACACCAAGAUGCGGUUAUUUCCUGUGCGCUUAUCGAACAUAACAAAAAUGCUCGACAUGUACUCGCAGUUCAAUCCGUCGCCGUUGUCAAUAAAACAAUUUAUGGAUUUCGGCCAAAAUGCAUGCGAGAAAAAGUCAUUCAUAUUCCUGCGCAAAGAACUGCCCGUACGUUUGGCGAAUAUCAUGAAGGAAAUCGCACUACUGCCCGAUCAUUUGCUCAACACACGUUCCGUCAGCCAAGUGAGCUCAUGGUAUGUGCAGAGUUUCGAGGAGGUACUCGAAUUUGAAAAGGCCGAACCGACACAUAGCAACUUAGAGAAGUUCUGCAACACUUUGGUGCACAUUCGCAAUCGUCACAGUGACGUGGUGCAAACCAUGGCGCAGGGCGUCAUCGAAAUGAAGGAGCAUCAGGGUGGUAGCGUCGAUUGCGGCAUGGAAUCAUCGAUACAAUACUUUCUGGAUCGCCUGUACAUGUCACGCAUCAGCAUACGCAUGCUAAUCAAUCAGCAUACUAUACUAUUUGGUCAGUUCCCCAAUGAACAGGGCCGUCAUAUCGGUUGCUUAGAUCCGGCUUGCCAGAUCUCGUCGGUGGUAAAAGACGCUUACGAAAAUGCACGUUUUCUCUGCGAUCAGUACUACCUGAUCAGUCCGGAGCUGGAAAUUACCGAACAUAAUCCGCAUGAUAAAGAAAAUAAACCCAUACGCACCGUUUAUGUGCCCUCGCAUUUAUAUCAUAUGCUUUUUGAGUUGUUCAAGAACUCGAUGCGUGCCGUUGUCGAGAAUAAUGAUCAGGACAAAUGUGAAAGGCUGCCAUCUAUCAAGGUGCUGAUAGCGGAAGGCAAGGAGGAUAUAUGUGUGAAGAUCUCCGACCAAGGUGGCGGCAUUCCACGCUCUCAAACCGAUCAGCUGUUCAAGUAUAUGUACAGUACAGCGCCACAGCCAUCUAAAUCUGAUCUACACACAGUGCCGUUGGCCGGCUAUGGCUAUGGAUUGCCUAUUUCACGUUUGUAUGCGCGUUACUUCCACGGUGACAUAGUGUUGUUGUCGUGUGAGGGCUAUGGCACCGAUGCAAUCAUUUACAUGAAGGCGCUUUCAGAUGAAGCCAACGAACUAUUGCCGAUAUUCAACAAGACGAGCUCCAAAUUUUAUCGCGCCACAGUGCCCACCGGCGAUUGGUCAAAUCAGGUAAAACAUCCGAAAAAGAAACCGAAUGAAUUGGAUGUACUUGCUGCGUAAUGAAUGAAUGUGUGAUAUGUGGAGCCCACAAACCACUCGCUCAUCCCCCUCAAUCAUUGCGCUCCCUGUUUUUUUUUUUUUUGUGUUUUAAAUAACCUGUGGUUUGUCAGCCGCCCAGAAAGAAAUCCCAAAAAUCCAGCUGAAAUGCAUUACUAAACGAAACUCUCUUAUUGUGUUCGGAACAAAUUUGAAGAAACUAAUGAAUAACGAAUUUGUGUAAUUUCUAGAAUCAUCGGAAGACAUACAUAUAUACAUAAUACAUAUUUACGUUUUUUGUUAUAUUUAGUUAUACACGAAUAAUCGUACACAUCGCAUAAAAUAUUUGGUUACGCUAAAAAACAACAAACAUUUGUACGCACGUAGACACACAAUUAGGAAAUGAUAAGCAAAUUGUGUUUGUUUUAUUUAUGACUAUCGCUUUUAUUUUGAACAAAUAAAUAUUUGCAUUUGCAUUUGCAUGGAUGGAUGCGCACGUAAGGACUCUACAUUCAAAUAACGGGCGCCUAUAAAAUAAAUUCUUGUUAAUAUUUGUUAGUAAUAGGCACGUUUUUUGUUUUUGUAACCAUCGCUUUUAUAAACAUGAAAAAUUUCGAUUUUAUAGGCUGUUAUAAAGAAAAUUUAUUAAAUUAGGUUUACAUUCCAAAAUUUGUAAAAUUAAAAAAUGAAAAAAAUGCAAAAUAAAUAGCAAACUUAGGCUGUUUAGCAAAAAAACGUAUGUAGUCAAAAAAUUAGCUACCAACGAAACUUCGAAGCUUUUAAAAAUGUUGAUUAGAAACAAUAUACAGCAGUGGCGGCCGUAUUCUCUCUCGGUCGCUGCGCUUGGAAGUGCCUUUAAUGCAAUGUCACAUAAAUAUGCAUGCAAGGUUAUUAUAUAUGUAGGUGUAUAUAUGUACAUAUGUACAUACAUAGUAGUAUGCCAAACGAUCGAGUAAUUGAACAUUUAAGGGGGUAUUCUGGUCUAGACGCCUUAAUUUUACGUAUUUUUAAAACUACAUAAGAUAAAAAAAAUGAAAAACACUUUUACUAUUAAAUUUUUUACGAUUUUUUAUUAAUAUUGGAAAAGUAUAAAAAAAGUGGGGGCUACAUAAAAAACGGUGCUCCAUGGUUGACAUGAUUCCAACCCUUGUAGUAAUCUAAAACAAACAAAUUAAAAAAAUUCUUCAUUAGUUCGGAUGUCGCUAUCGGAUUACGCCAAAUCAAAGAAAAAACUCACAAAAUGGCGUUAACUUGGAAAAAAAAAGAAAUUUUUUUACCCUCUUUUUUUACCUUUCCAAAUUUUUUCAAAAUUCUUCAAACUUAAAUUUUUCAAAAUCCGAGGCAGGCGCGAUGGACAGAUGUAUAAUAAAAAAUUCUGAUCAAACUUCAAAGCGAUCGGUCAAGUAGAAUUUGAGAUAUCAUGACGACCAUCUCAAAAAAGGUAGUUUUGAGAAAAUCGCGCUUGAAGUUUGAGCAACAAUUCCAAUAGAAUAACUCAUAAUAUUCACUACUCACUCUGGAUUAAAUGGCGAUAUAUUUCCCGGUAUAUAUUAUAGCAGUAUAAAAUAUACAUAUAUAAUUGGCGCUACACCCUCUUUGGGUGUUUGGCCGAGCUCCUCCUCCCAUUUGUGGUAUGCGUCUUGAUGUUGUUCCACAACUGGAGGGAUCUACAGUUUCAAGCCGACUCCGAACGGCAGAUAUUUUUAUGAGGAACUUUUUCAUGGCAGAAGUACACGCGGAGGUUUGCCAUUGCCUGUCGAGGGGCGACCGAUAUUAGAAAAAUGUUUUUCUUAAUUUUGGCGUUUCACCGAGAUUCGAACCUACGUUCUCUCUGUGUAUUCCGAAUGGUAGUCACGCACCAACACAUUCGUCUACGGCGCCAUAUAUGUAUAUGUACAUAGAAUAAAUAACGGUUGUGUGGGAUAUAAAAGAUUUUCUGGAAAGAAUGAGUUCCCAAGUCGUCCGGUAACAUCUGCCGUUCAUUGCGCGAUUCGCUCCACUCGGCCGGCUUAGAUGCCACGUUACAAAAUUCGCUGUAUCUCCGAAAAUAAUUUGAAUUUUGAAAAAUCCGUUAAAGGGCAUAUUUUUGAAGGUAUAAACUUUAAAAAAAUAUGCAAAAAAAAAUCGAUUUUUUCAAGUUUCUAGACCAGAAUACCCCUUUAAAAGCCAGACAUUGAGGUGCAUAUUUACGCUAUCAGCGGACGUGACGAAUCAUUUUCAUUUGCAAAAUAUAAUAGAAAAAUGUGUUGAAUACUAAAUAAUCAGGUUGUUGACGAUUCUAUUUUGUGGUGAUAUUCAAGAUGAGUGAGCGGCGUAUACAGUGUCGGACAAAACAUAUUCAACUCAUUCAUACUUCGAUGUAAUUAUAUUUGCCUAACGUGAAAUGUCAUUUCAAUGAGUUGGUAGAAAUGUUUUUUCGCCACGUUUCGUACCCUCCCACAAUCACACCCACCGCGGGUGCGCCAGGUGACGUUCACUUUCGUUAUUCAUGAAAGCUAAAUCACAAGUAUAGUCAAGAAUUUAACGGUAUGAAAACGCAGUCCAAAAUCGACCACUGGCUGCCGGACUAAAAUAUGUAGUUUGAAAAGAGUACUUUUGUACUGUGUCAAUCCUGUUUCAAGUAGCAGGUAGCAAAAAGUAGUAAGUCUUGAACUACCCUAUAUUAAUAAGCAGCCACUGCAAAAAGCUAAGCUAUAAGCAUCAAAAAUAAAAUAAAAAAUGUAAAUUUACAAUUUACGAAAAACGAAAAUUAUUAAAAUUCACCAAGCCAAAAUUGUUUACUUUUUAAUAUAACUAUUUUAACUGCAACUAUUUAUGGAUAUACUAUUUUUUUUAGGUUUAUUUAAGUGAAAUUUUACCUAUAUUUGUUGUUAUCUACGCUUUUACUAUUUAUUAAGAAAUAAACACAAGCAUGCAUACCUACAGGCAUCUAUCAAGAAAUGUAUUGAGUUGAAAAAUAAAAAAUAAUUAAAAAAAAAAUAUAAAUAAAAAUUUGUUAAAACCA